AUGACGUACAGCUACAACAGUUCCCACUGCCACGACGAAAAGGCGAUCUCGCCUCAGAUCAGGGCGAGUUUCGAUGAUGGACUUGGAGAAUCCGAUGAUUGGUGGUCUUGUUUGGUGUUCAAUGACAAGUUACCGCUGCUGGAUGCGUGGGGUUGGCAUGAUGCGCCCCUCACCGUAUGGUUUGAAGACAAGUUGUCGGCGUCCGGUUGCCGCUUCACCAACAACUUGGUGACGAAGAAGGCGUGUGAUUGCAGAAUUGUCACUUCCCUCGCUGUGCGUGCUGCGAUGGGCAUUUCUCAUGCAACGUCUGCUGUGUGUGCAGCUUUGGAUGCUUUCGUUGAACUUCGGCUCGUUUUGUUUGGGGCUUCUGCCGCGUGUGGUUAUUGCGUCGGGCUUCGGCUCGUUUUGGUUGCUGCGUUGCAGCUGAGUGAGUGA